AUGGAUCCCUGGGCACCGGGGAUACGAAGACCAGCAAUUCCUUUGGUAGACGGCGAGAUCAGGUAUCUGGGGUAUCGAGAAACCAGACCUGAAGGAGAGAGAAUUCGGGAGGGCUCUUGGAGCCUCGGCGAGAUCAACGAGAUAUUGGACGGCGUGUAUGUUCGAGACCAGCAGGAGCUUGAAGACCGACGGGCGAUCGAGGAACGCCGGACAGACGAGUAUAGAAGGAGAUGGCUCACGCUCCAUGAACAGUCCAUUAGCAUACCAGACCGACUGGCCCAGCACAUGGAGGACUAUCAGAACACGAUGCAAAUGCCCAUCACCAGCGAUAGACUCACCAGCCUGCGAGCGGAGGCCGAGUCGUAUGCUGAAAAGCGGAGACAACGAGAGGAAGAGCAGUACAAACGAGACCGACAGAGGGAGAGGGAGCUUCGUGAUGCCGAACUUGGACGGAGGGCGCGCGAAGACUUGGAAGAGUAUGGGUUCGUCCCCGUCACGCGGCGACGGGGGGGGCGGGGGGGACGGGGGCGACGGUGA